ACAGGGUGCGCUAGGGUUUUGCUAGGGCUUUAGCGAGGGGAUGGCUGCAGCCGCUGCGGCCUGGCGGAAACUGCGGGCGGGGCUGAUUCCCCAGGUGACCGAAGGCCGGAGGUGGCUCUUGAUCGAUGCCAAGAAAGAGGUGUUAGGGAGGCUGGCGAGCAAGCUGGCCAUUGUGCUCAUGGGCAAGGACAAGCCAACCUACAGCCCCAACAAGGACGAGGGAGAUAUCUGCGUGGUGAUCAAUGCCAAGCACAUCACCUACACCGGCGGCUGGAAGCUCAAGAACAAGGUCUACUACUGGCACACCGGCUACAUUGGGCACCUCAAGCAGAUAAAGCUCAACCACAUGAUCGAGAGGGAUCCCACGCUGCCGCUGCGCAAGGCCGUCUUCCGGAUGAUGCCGCGCAACAGGCUGCACCGAAGGCGGAUGCUCAAGCUGAGGGUGUUUGCGGACGAGAGGCAUCCGUUUGAUGACAAGCCCCUGGUUCCGUGGACCAUGCCGCCGCGCAACAUCCGCAAGCCCAGGAUCUACGUGCCCCGUAGCAUCAAGUUGGCCCGCCGGAAGCUUGCCGAGAGGGAAGCUGCUGCCGCUGCUGCUGCUGCUGCUGCUGCGGAGAGUGAGGGCGAUGGCGGAACCGCAAAAGAAGGUGUGGACAGACCUCAGUGAAGAUGCUACUGAAAAGAAGUUGUGCAUGUAAACGAAGGCCCGAGUUGAUGGAUGCUCAAGCCCGUGUGUUUGAUGCUCCAGAAAAGCUAUCGUUUUGGCCGCCUUGUCGUUGGCAGCCUGCACCGUGUCCAA